AUGUCCGUCAGCGUCCUCGGCGAAGCUCAGUACGUUACCAACAUCCAUCAACCCCUCUCCCUAACAAGACCCCCCUCUCAGAAAAGACUCCCUCAUUAACCCCUCAGAAAUCUACACCCUCGCCCACUCCCACAAUCUCUCAAUCCCUGCAUCCGAAGUCUCCGACUGGGUCGUCCUCCUUUCCGGUCUAAACCACUGCGCAAAGGAAAUCUUAACCCUCCCAGAUUACUACCCAGAAGUCGACACUGAACUCUAUCCACGAAGCGAUAUUCAUCGCCCGUCGGGAGCAGAAGAAACGGACCAUGGGGGUUGGGCGUGGAAGGCUACGGUGAGGUAUACGAAGCCGAAGAGUUUUGAGUUGGAGGGCAAGACGUUGGCGGUUAAGGAUAAUGUUGCGGUGGCUGGUGUGAGGUGUACGAAUGGGACGGCGGCUGUGGAUUGGAUUCCUGAGGUGGAUGCUACGCUUGUAACGAGGAUUUUGGAUGCGGGGGGUGUGAUUAAGGGAAAGGCGGCUUGUGAGAAUAAUUGUUUUGGGGCUGUUAGGUUAGUCAAAGUUUGCCUACAGUUUUGUUCUUAUUUUUUGAUUGGAAAGUUGCUAAUUUGAUGGAUAGUGAUACUUCUGUCACGGGUCCCGUGCAUAAUCCAUAUGCUCAUGGCUAUAGCACUGGAGGCUCCUCCUCUGGAUCAGGUCGACUUCUAGCUUCUGGUCAAGUUGAUAUGGCAAUUGGUGCCGAUCAAGGAGGAAGUAUCCGUUUACCAUCAGCAAACUGCGGUGUUGUAGGACUAAAGCCAACAUGGGGUUUAGUCCCAUAUACCGGCUGUAUAUCUCUAGAAGCAACAAUUGACCAUGCAGGUCCAAUGGCAAGAACAACACAAGACUGCGCAACACUCCUCGAAGUGAUUGCAGGAAGUGACGGCAUAGAUGACCGACAACCCUACAACUGGCCACAAGGACACAUCAAAUACGGCCAGGAAAUAGCCAAACAUCUUUCCUCAACCUCUUCAUCUCCCACUCCACUGCAAGGACUCAAAAUCGGGAUCCUCAAAGAAGGCUUCGAAGACCCAAUGACCGACCCAAACGUCGCAAACGCGUCCCGUUCCGCAAUUGCAAAACUCGCCGAACUAGGAGCACAAGUAACCGAAAUCAGCAUCCCCCUCCAUCGAGACUCGGGAAUGAUCUGGAUGGUAGCCCUCCCCAUGUCCGGCACAACACAAGGCCUCCUCUCCAACCCCUCGGGAAGAAAACAACUCCUCUUUCCGGAACGAGCUACAAGCGUCGGACCGCAACUCACACAAGAAGCCUUCGAUGCCCUCGGGCCAGGAGGCCAGAACAUCUACCUCCGCGGCCUCUUCCUAAAACAAAACUUCGGUUCACCACUCCACGCACGCUGCACCAACCUCCUCCGGAAACUGAAUGAUGAAUACGAACGCGUAUUCCGGGCCGUGGAUAUCCUCGUCACACCGACCAUCAUCUUCCCGCCAACGAAGAUCUGCGAGGAAGGAGGCAGGACGCUGGGGCCGUUAAAGAUGCUUAGUCGUACUAUUGGUGCGACGUUUAAUACUGCUACGUUUAAUUUGAGUGGACAUCUGGCGCUGAGUUUGCCGGUUGGGUUUGUGCUCGCGAAGGAGGAUGGGAGUGUGUGGUUGCCGACGGGAUUGCAGGUUGUGGGGAGGAAGUUUGAGGAUUUGACGUGUUUGAAGGUUGCGGCUAGUUUUGAGCAGAGAAUUGAGUGGAAGGGAUUAAAGUUUGAGGGCGAAAGGUAA